AUGGUGUCCCUGUGGCCGUGGAAGGGCGAAGACAAUUCUCCAGCAUCCUUCGAAAAAGCCCUCUCAGCCCUCUCCACAAAGAUAACACAGACAACGAGCCGACUCGACCUUCACCGCCAGCAUGCCCGUCGAUUCAAGGCUCUCUGGACUCUUUACACAACUUUCGCAUACCUCCUUUACUCGAUUAUCCUAGCUCUCGUUCUCGGCUGGCAGAAUUGGGGCGUGACGGAAUAUGCCGCCAUCAUUGGGGGUCCAGUCCUGAUCUACGCUGUCCGAGCCGUAGCUAGCAAGUUCUUCGACUACCGCAUCAACAAGACCCAGCGAUACCUCGAUGAUCUACAGAAACAGCGGGACGAGACAAUCGAGAAGCUCAAGGUCGCAACGAAAUAUAACUCGACUCAACAGCUGCUGGAAAAGUAUGGCGGAGAGUCACCCAAGCCCUCGCGUCCCAAGGGCGGCGACGAGAAACGCAAGACGGACACCAAACGCAAGCAGCCUUCUACCCCGCAACAACCCGUCAUGAGAACCGGGCUUCCUCCCCCACCGACCGCCAACAUUCGAAGACCAACUCCGGCUCAAUCGCCAGUGUCUUCUCCCGGCCAGCCUCAGUCUCCGCCACCGUACCCGAUUCAAGAACAGCCACAACCGCAGAACCUCCAUCCACCAGUCCCGCCUGCACUUGACGAGCCCGGCUUUGCGCCCAACGCGUUUCCAAGCGCUCCGCAAUAUGUCGAGCACUCUCACUGGUAUGACCGGUUGCUAGACGUCCUACUCGGCGAGGACGAGACACAACCAAAGAACCGGAUGGCGUUGAUAUGCGCCACCUGCCGACUCGUCAACGGGCAAGCCCCGCCGGGCGUCAAGACGCUGGAAGAGCUCGGCCGCUGGCGGUGUGGAAGCUGCGGGGCAUGGAAUGGGGAAGAGAGCGAGGCGAAGAAGAUGCUCGCGGGGAUGCGAAAUCAGGCCCGAUCUGCGGACGGAGCGUGGGAAUCGGUCGCGAAGCCGGACUCGGAUUCGCACUCGGCAGGUGACGCAACGGAUGAGGCGGUUAUGGUCGCAACGAGCGAGGAUGAGCAGGUUGAAGCACGGAGUUCAGGGGAGGAGUCUCAGAAUGAAGCUGAUCAGCAGUCACAAGAGAAGGAGAGUCCGGAGGCCAGUGGUAGCGGCAAGUCAGGCCGCGGACGGCGGAAGGGGACCAGGAAAGGAUGA